AUGCUGCACCUCCUGCUCUACCUGGCUGCUCUCGGCCAGCUCACAGGUGGACAGCAGCGGGGGAAACUCUCAGUUUGUUUUAAAGGCCCUUACAGCCCUGGAGCCAAGAACGACUGUCUCCUGGCAUCUUAUGGGGGUGUAACCGAUGUUGAAGUCCGCAUAGAAAACAAUAGUACUGGUCCUGGAUCAGACUUUCAUCUCUCUCUGGGACAACUCACAGGCUCGUCACCCUGCGCUGUGUCUCUGAUCCUGAAGGACGACCGGAGCGCUGACCAUAUGCUCAGCCAGAUGCGCCGCUUUGAGGACCAAGCAGCUGUGUCGGUGUCCCUUCAGGACGCCUUCACACAGAGCUCUCUGGAGGUCGAUGUGCAGGUCGAUGGUGUUUCACUUCGUCACUUCAAUUUUACGCAAAAGAACAAGAAGUACUUCAGGGACCUGAGCGGAUGCAGACACUCAGGUGUCGUCUAUGAACCCAACACAGUGGCGUGCAACUCUAACUCCUCCUCUGUUGUAACCUGUGAUGCAUCAGCAGCCUUCAGCGUCAGCCCCUGUGGCCCUGGGAGACGUUGCCAGGGCAACGGCCAGUGUGUAGUGUACUCCACCUGUACUGUGACUGGCCCCACGGUCAUAGAUUUCAACGGCCAUGUUAGCUCCGUCCAGGACCGCUGUGCGUACACUCUGAUGUCGGCUGCAGGCCUCCAGCUGCUGGCCACCUUUCAGGAACGGCGCCGCAAAGACGUCAGUUUUCUGGAGCGUGUGAUCCUGCGUCUGGACGGGUCAGGUGUUGACAUUCACCUGGGACAAGGUGGGAACGUUCAGCUCAACCACACAACACUGAGACUGAACAGCUCCGCUCAGCUGAUUCACGGCGUGGAGCUCUCAAAGGACAAAAGCAGAGUCACCGCCAAAGUGACAUUUUCCAAUUACAGCACAUCCAUCUUGUUUGACGGCACCACCGCACAGAUCCACGUGAAAGGCCCGGGCUCCCUGCAGGGUUUAUGUGUGAACAGCAGCUCUCUGAGUGAAGUGAGGCUCUCUGAGUUCAGCUCCUCCAGCUGUGAGACGCAGUACAGUGAACCCGCUGACGGACGGAUCGACUGCACCAUGAUGACUGCACGCUGUAAUCUCCUGAAGGAGGCUCCGUUCACUUCCUGUCACAGCCACGUCGACCCGGAGCCCCAUGUCACCGCCUGCACCAGCGUUCUGUGUCUGUACCCGGCGGGAGACGGUCUCAGGUGUCAGUUCCUGGAGGUCUACGCUCAAGCCUGCAGUCUGCACAGUAACCACACGCUGGAAGGCUGGAGGUCCAAGGCCAGCUGCUCCCCCCCUCAGGACCCCUGUCAGGACACGUCCUGCAGCGCUCAUGAGUUCUGUGGUGAGGACAUGAGCGGUCGACCCCGCUGCCUCUGUCGGGCUGGUUUUGCCUCCAAAUACAGAACGAGAGGAGCUUUAGGUGACCCGACGGUCUGCAGGGAGAACUCUGCCUCAGUUUCUCUGGCUGCUUGUCUGCUGGCAGAAAAAGGCAUCAACCACUCAGUCUUACACCUCAACGACCACACCUGCACAGGUCAGAUGGACGAGAAGACACACAUGGUGACGUUUGGCUUCAACACCAGCAAACUCUGUGGGACGGUGAUCUCGGCAGCAAAAAACAAAAUCAUCUACAGUAACACCAUCAAGACAGACAACAGCUCCACGUCCGGGCCGAUCUCACGCCAGAGCCUCGUUAACGUCAACUUCUCCUGUUUCUACAGCCAGCCCGAUGUCAAGAGCAUGUCCUUUAAAGUCAAAGGCGGUACUGUGAUGCAGCAGAUCAUAUCUGGGUCUUGGAAUUACAGUCUGUCUAUGAGCAUGUGCGCCGACCUCGCCUGCACUCAACCCAUUGACUUUUCGAAGGGGGUCCAGCUUGACCAGACCAUCUACAUGAGCAUAGAAACAGACGGGCUGGAUGGCAACCUGAUCAACAUGAAGACAGAGUCCUGCUGGGCAACCAAUAAUGAAAACGGCAACGGUGGUCUGAGAUACGACCUCGUCAAAAACGGCUGUUCGAACCCUCAGGACAGCACGGUGAUGAUCAUACCGAAUGGAAAGGGAACAGGAAGCAUCUUAGUGUUCCGGAUGUUUCAGUUCAGGGGGAACAACAACAAAAUUUUCCUGCACUGUAAAAUGAAGCUGUGUUUGAAGAGCAGCCCCAGCUGUCAGCAGACUUGCCAGCGAAGGGGCAGGAAGAAGAGAUCUGUCAGGCCUGACUAUGAAGAUGAAAACCCAGCCUUUGUCACCGUGGCCUUGGGCCCUUAG